UUCUAGGGGGAUGUUAAUUCCAGACACUGUAUUAACUCUUACACUUUUACCUACCCAGGACCCCUCGUCCAGUCAUUGUGGAGCCUAUGGAGCAGUUUGAUGAUGAAGAUGGCUUGCCGGAGAAGCUAAUGCAGAAAACCCAACAAUAUCAUAAGGAAAGAGAACAGCCGCCACGUUUUGCUCAACCUGGGACAUUUGAAUUUGAGUAUGCAUCUCGAUGGAAGGCUCUUGACGAAAUGGAAAAGCAGCAGCGUGAGCAGGUUGAUAGAAACAUCAGAGAAGCCAAAGAGAAACUGGAAGCAGAAAUGGAAGCAGCUAGGCACGAACAUCAGUUAAUGUUAAUGAGGCAAGAUCUCAUGAGGCGUCAAGAAGAACUCAGACGCUUGGAAGAACUCAGAAACCAAGAGUUACAAAAACGGAAGCAAAUACAACUGAGGUAAGAGAACAUCUUUGUAAUAUAUACGUGAAUUAUACAUAGUUUUCAUUGUGUU